AUGACGUUGUAUCCAUUCGAGAUCUUCUUCCUGCUCGCGCUGGUCGCUGCUGUCCCUAUUCCUACGGAGGCUGAGAAAAAUUCUGGUGGUGAGAAGUAUGCGAAGGAUAAGGGUGCUGGGCGUCCUGUCCUCUCAUACAUCUUCGGGGCAGCCGGGUGCCUCAUGAUUCUUGGAGUGAUUUACUUUGCUUGGGCCAAGUACCGCCGAGGCGAGCGCGUUUGCCCAGGGGUGAAGCGCAAGCCCGCCACUAGGAAUAUUUCACGUGAACUUGUGAAGUCUCACCGUCAUCCUGCACCAACGUCGUACGGCUGGCAGCGUCCAGUGAUGCCAAUUAACGAAGCUGCCAACCCAUACGCCUGGCCCAGGCAGCAGACGAACUCGAAGCCCGCGGACGGGGGGUAUGGGCUCCGAGACCUUAACAAGCCAUUGCCUCGGCGUCCACAGAAUGAUCAUGGGCAUCCGCCGUAUGGAGUGCGGAAGCCAGCUCCAAUACUCAGGUCUGGAACUCCGGUUCCGGUGGUUUAUCCGAACAAGAAUGGCUUCUACACCGUGCCUGUGUAUGGCUCGACUUCCCAUGGGCAAGACCAUCGCUAUCGGUAG